AUGGAGUUUAUCAAAAAAUUGGCAACAAGUUUAUACGUAGGAUAAGAUUUUGAUUUUUUCUAUUCGGAUUUUAGGGGCAUUUUUUUGGACUCAGCCCUGAAACCAACAAGAAAAUGGUUGACGAAGUUGAGCGUGAGAGGAAACGGGAAGGUGGGGAACUAGGUAGUGAGCCUGUUGAUGCAGCAACGGCGUUUUAUGAGAAGGUGUUGAUGGAGCAGUUGGUGAAGGAAUUUGAAAACGUCCAGCAGAAUGGAAGAUCGGAAGGCGACGUCGAUAAGAUUGUAAAUCUUCUAGAGGCUUUUCCUGAUCCUAAAUAA